CAUCUUACAUUUUAGAAAUUGUCAUCAAAUAGAACAUGGCCGACGGUGAAGCUUUUCCGAUGAAUGGUGGUGAUGGUACUCACAGUUACUCUAAAAACUCCCAAUAUCAGAAACUAGCGUCUGAUGCAGUAAAGGAAACGAUCCAAGAAGCAGUGAUUGAGAAUCUAGACACGGAAUCAAUGUCGAGCACAGUAACGAUAGCAGAUUUGGGGUGUUCGGUUGGCCCAAACACAUUCUUGGCAGUUGAAAAUCUGAUGGAAGCAGUUGAAGCCAAGCGGGGUUCCAAAAACGACCUCGAAUUCCAAGUAUUCUUCAACGAUCACUCGGCCAAUGAUUUCAACACGCUCUUCGCCUCCCUCCCAGCGGACAGGCAGUACCACGCAGCCGGGGUGCCCGGCUCGUUCCACGGCCGCCUUUUCCCGCGUAACUCCAUCACUCUGGCGCACUCCUCCUACUCUCUCCAGUGGCUUUCGAAGCCGCCUCAAGGGGUGGCAAACGAGGGCAGAAUCCACAACUCGGGUGCAUCCGAGGACGUGGUGAGGGCCUACUCGGAUCAGUAUGAGAAGGAUUUGGGAGUUUUUAUGAGUGCGAGAGCAGAGGAGAUUGUGAGAGGAGGUCUUCUCAUUCUGGUGGUGCCUGCAACUCCUGAUGGAGUCUCCCACUCGCACCUCCCUAUAGGUGUUCUCCUCACUUAUCUUGGAUAUGCCCUAAUGGAGCUGGCUAAUGAGGGAGUUGUUGAUAAAUGCAAAAUAGACGGCUUCAACUUACCCAUCUACUAUCCCACACAAGGGGAGUUGAGGAGACUGAUAGAGAAGAAUGGGCGUUUCAGCAUUGAGAAGAUGGAGCUGUCAUAUCCGUUUGCUCAGUUAACGACAGAGAUCAAUGCAGCCCCUUUGAUAAUGCAACUGCGAGUUACGAUAGAAGGUCUUCUUACCACAUAUUUUGGAAUUUCUGUAGUGGAGAAAGUGUUCAGCAAGAUGUUAGCCAAAACUGAAGAAAUUUCAAUGCACUUCAAGGCCGGCCAUGAUCAGACGCAGCUGUUACUUGCGUUGAAGCGUAAAUAAAAUAUAUAUACUACAUCAUCAUGGUCAAUAGACCGAUUGUAUUUUAAAUUUCUAUAUGAAUAAUAGUGAUGGA